AAUAAAUUAAUUCAUAAAUGAAAAAUAAAUAUUCAAUAAGGAAAAAAUAAUAUAGCACUUAAUAUAAGAAUUUAUAAAAUGUAAUGUUCAAUUUUGCCAAGAUUUCCAGGACCAGGUUGUUUGUUCUGUAUGAAAAAUUUAACCUAAAUUAAAAAUAUGCUAAAUAUUUUAUAUUCUUAAAUGGUUUGGAAAAAUUUUUUAAGUCAUUAUUUUACGACUUCAUUACAAUCACAUAAGGGCAAACCAAACAAUGGUUCAAAAAGGCCCCAUUAUUCGGAGGUUAUGCAUUACAAUUUAAACUCUACAAUUUCUUACGGAGCUAAUUAUAUUCCACUGAUAAAAAAUGAGCAAACUUACAUCGGCGAUCAAAAUAAUAACACUUUAGGUGAGAUAUCAUUGAACAAAUCUAAGUCAAGAAUGUAUGGAAGCAAAUAUGAUAAGGAAAUGAACCAAACAUUUAAUGAUUUUUACGAGAAAAUAGAUAUGACGAGAUUUAAUCGUUCUUAUCCUUUGAUUGAACCAUUAUCCUACAAUCAGGAUAUAUAUGUUGGACAACUCUCGGAGAUUUCUAACACUCGAAAGAAGGAUAAAAAAAUUGUUAAAUCCAAGAAACUGUUUUCUAAAUCCUUCCGUUAUAAUAAGCCUCAAUUAAAAAAAGAUAUCAAGGAAAUAUUUAACCAUAGCUUUGUAUACAAUUCUUUUAGGCACAAAAAUAAAGAAAAAACAGAUGAACUUUCUAAGGAAGAAUCAAAAAACUUUAAUCAUGAUAAUAAUCCUCAUAGACUGACCAUAACUGAAUACGAUAUAAACCAAAAAUUUAAUUCAAAUCUAUAUAGAUAUAACAAUGAUGAAUCGAUUGCCAAAACUAGAAAUACUAAUGAAAAUAAUGUUGUAGCUAAGGCGUCUACAUUUACUACAAAUUUUUCAGGAAAAGAAAUUUUUGACAUAUUUAAAUAUGAUAAAAAAUUAUAUGACGGUAAUGUCUAUUGCAACAUGAUGUUCGAUAAUACUAUAAAUUGCAAAGAUGUGAUAGAAAAUCUGGCUAAUAAACGAACUUUGAUUAAAACUAAUCCAUGGGUCAAAUAUUCCAAAAAUUCGGAUAAGUAUUUACGACAAAACUACACUAUAAGCGAUAAGACAGAGAAAAAAUAUCAUAUGUGGACAAGCACCUUAAAUUCUAUGGUAAACAAGGCAAAAUACAAAGGUAUAAAUGAAACUUUUAAUAUGGAUCUAAUCAAUAGUGCCUAUCAUCCAAUUAAUAUGGCCAACCAUUCUAAUGGGGAUUCGGGAUUCUACGAUGAUGCAUAUAAUAAUGCUAAUUUGCAGUUUAUCACACUUAAACAAAUAGAGAAUUCCGCCAAUUCGCAAACUUCUUCCAUUUCCAAAUUCAAUUCAUUGGAUAGCUUUACCAAUAACUUCAAAAUAUCUAAUCAUGAUGAUGAAAUAAAAAAUGUUUUAACUGAUAGUUACAAUUCACUAAAGGAGAGUGGUACAUAUAUGGACUUUAAUUCGUGUUCCUAUAUUUCAUCAUAUUAUUCAAACAAUUCGGAAGAUGACGAAUCAUUAAGUUCUAUAUGCACCCAUGGGUCUAUGAAAAAGCAAAGCCUUGUUAUUGACAAUCAUAAUGAACAUAGUGAUAGUGCCAAGGAUGGGUCGGAUCAAAAUCUCAAACUUAGUGAAAAAUUAGAUUAUUGGCAAGAGACUAACUUAGAAUUAAGGGACAAACUUGAACAUUAUCGACAAAAAAUUGAUGAAAAUAAAAAUUAUUUAAGGAAUAAGAUCGGUAUCAAGGCUAAUGUUGAAGUACAGCAAAAUCACCAAAAUGAAUUCACACCCAUUAAAUAUUUCGACACCAGCAUUUUGAUAUAUGAAAUAGAUCCUAUUAUUUACAUAUAAACAAAAUUUAUUAUGGAUACGAUUUUAUAUUGCCAAUAUGAUUA